CACCCGAGUCAUGUGACUCUUUACCCACCUUACGCCUUUUACAUCCUAGAGUUCAUAUCACGUUUUAGGUUCUAAAUUAGAUCUCGUUGCAACUCGUCAGUCGUCACCAAUCUCUCCGACGUUUAAUCUCGGGUAAUUUCACACCCUUUUUUCCAUCAAUUUCUCUAUUUUCUCUCUCCUCCUUCACCAAUUCCCCAUUUCUCCGGCACCGUAAUUCUGGAUCUGCUUUCUAUCAAUCUCAAUCUCUAGAUCUCAAUUUCAAUCUCCGGCAAUUCUCUCUCCUCCAAUUUUUCAACUUUGUUGUUAGCCUCACGAUAUGGGGAAGAGAAAGUCAAGAGCUAAGCCUCCUCCAAAGAAGAGCCUCAAACUUGAUACUGUUUUUAGCUGCCCCUUCUGCAAUCAUGGGACCAGUGUAGAAUGCCGCAUUGAUAUGAAGAACUUGAUAGGCGAAGCCCAAUGCAGGAUCUGUCAAGAGAGCUUCAGCACUUCAAUUACAGCUCUGACCGAACCGGUUGACAUAUACAGUGAGUGGAUUGACGAGUGUGAGCGAGUCAAUACUGUGGAAGAUGAUGCUGAAUAAUAAGAUUACGAAGGGCAAGAAGGCUAUUGUUCUGUCCAAUGAAAUAAUCGUACCUUGCCCAUUGUUUAUGCUAUGGAUGUGCUGGGUUAGUGUAACCAUAUGUGUCUAACUACUAAAAUGUGGACUGUAUGUAAACUUUGUAUUAUGGGAAAUUCAGCAUCUCAUGUUCAGUGACUAUGGUAGACCUUAGGUGCAGCAACUGAUUUGUUCUUGUAAGUUGUAAUAUAUGCCAUCUCGGUAGCUUGCUUUCUGAAUGUAACACAACUAUAAUACUGAUCAGCUAAGAAUACUCUAAAGUCUGAACUAGAUGUUUGGCCAUAUUUAAUAUUUUCAUCA